CUUUAAGAACAAACAGCUUGAAAGCUCAAUUAUAAAUGAAUAUUCUGAUGCCCAGCUACACAACCUGGUGGAAAGGAUGCGUGAAAGGACUGCCCUCUACAAGAGAAAACUGAGAGAGGAAGAGAACUCACCCUCACCAGAAACUAGCCCUCAAACUGUAAAGUCUGCAGAUGUAUCACCAUCACAAGAGAAGUCUAAGCUAAAAGAACAUCACCAGGGCAUGCUGUCUUGCAAAUUCCAGAGGUUACCUGUGAAAGACUACCUUAGAAGAAUGAAACUUCCUGGAAGCAUAGAUUCAUACACAGAUCGGAUCUAUCUCCUGUGGCUCCUGGUUGUCACCAUUGCCUAUCACUGGAACUGUUGGCUGCUACCAGUGCGUCUCACCUUUCCAUACCAAACAGCAGAAAACUGGCACUACUGGAUUAUUAUUGACAUCAUAUGUGAUAUCAUCUACCUUAGUGAUAUGCUAUUGAUCCAGCCAAGACUCCAAUUUGUAAGAGGAGGAGAAAUUAUUAUAGAUUCAAAUGAGCUGAAGAGACACUACAGAAGUUCUACAAAAUUUCAGAUGGAUGUCAUAUCCCUAAUGCCAUUUGAAAUUCUCUAUAUCUUCUUUGGAUUUAAUCCAAUCUUUAGAACAAAUCGGAUACUAAAGUACACUUCAUUCUUUGAGUUUAAUAACCGCCUGGAGUCUCUAAUGGACAAAGCAUAUAUCUACAGAAUCAUUCGAACAACUGGCUACUUGCUGUUUCUUCUGCACAUUAAUGCCUGCAUUUAUUACUGGGCCUCAGACUAUGAAGGAAUUGGCACAACUAGAUGGGUCUAUAAUGGUGAAGGAAACAAGUAUCUGAGAUGUUAUUAUUGGGCAGUUCGAACAUUAAUUAAUAUCGGAGGCCUUCCAGAGCCACAGACUUCAUUUGAAAUUCUUUUUCAACUCUUGAAUUUUUUUUCUGGAGUUUUUGUGUUCUCCAGCUUAAUUGGUCAGAUGCGUGAUGUAAUUGGAGCAGCAACAGCCAAUCAGCACAACUUCCAUGUCUGCAUGGACCAUAUCAUUGACUACAUGAACAAAUACUCUAUUCCUCAGAGUGUGCAAUAUCGAGUUCGGACUUGGCUGGAAUAUACAUGGAACUCUCAUAGAAUACUAGAUGAGUCCAACUUGCUUGAGAACCUACCAACAGCAAUGCAAUUAUCUCUUGCAAUUGACACAAACUUCAGCAUCAUCAACCAUGUAGAGUUGUUCAAGGGCUGUGACACACAGAUGAUUUAUGACCUACUGCUAAGAUUGAAAUCCACUAUUUAUUUACCUGGUGACUUUGUCUGCAAAAAGGGAGAAAUUGGUAAGGAAAUGUACAUCAUCAAGCAUGGAGAAGUCCAAGUUCUUGGAGGCCCUGAUGGUGCUCAAGUUCUGAUUACUCUGAAAGCUGGGGCAGUGUUUGGAGAAAUCAGCCUCCUGGCAAAAGGGGGAGGAAACCGUAGAACUGCUGACGUGGUAGCCCACGGGUUUGCCAAUCUUUUAAUUCUGGACAAAAAGACUCUCCAAGAAAUUCUGCACCAUUACCCAUCUUGUAAAACACUCCUCAUGAAGAAAGCCAGAGUUCUUAUAAGCCAAAAGAGGAAGAUCCCACAGGCCAUCCCACCACCAACAGGACCAAACUUUCUUUUCCCACCAAAGGAAGAGACACCCAAAAUGUUUAAAGCUCUCCUGGCAAGCACAGGAAAAGCAGACCUUGGAAGUCUCCUCAAAGGCAAGAGAGAACAAACCAAUCAGAAAAAUGGUGGAAGUUCCAAAGGAAAAGGGAGAAAAGGAAAUGAAUAUGAAGAUAAAAGAACAAGGCCAUCAGAAAAAACAUUGGACAGGCUCAACUGCAGACAUCCUUCGGCCUAUACUUUUGUGCUAUGUAACUUCUGGCACAACACUGUUAAUACUGGCUAA